AUGCAGCAUCUAAUAUCCCGCAGGGCACAAGAUGCCGCAGAAGAAGCUUCACAAACCCCAAUAUGGGAUGUAUUAAGCGACGCAUGGUGCGCCUCCACAAAUCCCAACGGCUUUGUCAACGUUGGGGUCGCGGAAAACUCGCUCAUGCAUAAUGAGCUCCUCACAUUCCUGAAUAACAAAUUAGAGCUCCCAGCCCAAUACCUCACAUACAAUGAUGGAAAUAGCGGAUCCAAUCGACUCCGAGCUUCCAUGGCUGGCUUUCUUAAUCGACAAUUGAAGCCGUUCACUCCGCUGAAUGCUGAUCAUCUGGUCGUCACAAAUGGCGUUUCACCUGCUAUCGAGCAUGUGUCGUGGGCCUUCACUGAUCCCGGUGAGGGAAUCUUGCUUGGAAGACCGUACUACGGCACCUUUAUACCUGAUAUGAUGACACGACCGAGAGCGACAGUUGUCCCUGUUAGCUUUGAGGAAUGUGAUCCCUUAAGUCUGGAAGGAGUCGCCAAAUAUGAAACAGCUCUGUUGAACUUCCAGGAAGAAACCGGGAAGAAAGUUCGAUCGCUGAUGCUGUGUCAUCCACAUAAUCCACUUGGCCGGUGUUAUUCACGAGAAGUGCUCAUCGAGUUGAUGCGCUUUUGCCAGAAGUACCAGAUUCAUUUGAUCAGCGAUGAGAUCUAUGCCUUAUCUGUGUGGGAGAAUACUGUUGAUGAGUACCCGCCACCAGUGAAGUUUGAGUCUGCACUCUCCAUCGAUUUGAAUGGGAUUAUUGAUCCUCGCCUCGUCCAUGUUCUUUGGGGCGUGAGUAAGGAUUUUGGAGCGAAUGGUCUUCGAAUGGGUGUUAUUAUCUCUCAGGUGAAUGAGGAUUUGCACUCCGCGCUGAGGGGUGCAUCACUCUACACAACUCCAUCUGGACUGGCUGAUCAUCUGAUGGCAACGCUUUUCGAUGACUCGACUUUCAUGGAUGCAUAUAUCCAGGAGAGCCAGAGAAGGCUAUCUCAGUCGUAUGCUUUUACUGUUGAUUUCCUCAGAGAGCACGGCAUUACAUAUGCGCCCGGGGCUAAUGCGGCAUUCUUCGUGUGGGUUGACCUAGGGAAGAGAUAUCGUGAACUUCAUCCUAGUGUCUCCGACAAUGAUAGUGUCGGAGAUAAGGUGAUGGAUCUCUUGUUGAAGCACAAAGUUUUCUUGGCUAGUGGUGCGUUGUUUGGAUCAGAGAAGGAUGGAUGGUUCAGAAUUGUGUUCACCCAGUCGAAGGAGUAUCUGGUUCUAGCGCUUGAGAGGAUUGUCGCGGCUUUGCAGGACGAGAUUGUUUAG